UUUCUCAGUUAACAAAAGCUCCUUUGAAGUUAAGUUGACUUAGGUAAUGCUCGGAUUAAGAAAGAAAGACUUAAUAUAAAUUAGUUCAAUUAGUUUUGAAGGAUUUGUCCAUCUGUCUCUUGAGCAUGGCUUUCGUAAGAGGAAUGGAUUUUGUUAAGAAAAUAGUAAUUUGUCUAGUGAUUUAUGAUAUGACACUAAUGCAUGCAGAGUUCACACCAACUGACUCCUAUUUGGUAAAAACCUCAGCCGACUUUGGUACAUUGUUUCCCACACAUUCUGCUGCUGUAGGUGCCACCUUUUUAACAAAACAUGUUGAAGAAUCCAGCAGUGGAACUAUUUCUAUUUACCCAGUAAAUUCAACAGCAAAUGACAAAAGCAUUAUUUCCACAACAAAUAGUGAAAUAAUCAGCACCAAUACUUUGUCCACAAGAAAUGCACCAAUAACUGAAAGCAGGAUGGAUGAAACUAUCAGUAGUACUAAUUUCACAACAAAUACAACACUAAUGAUCAACAAUGCUAGCUCUACAAGAAAUGAAACCAGCAUAGUAUUCACCGAGGAUGCUGUGUCUGGCUAUAAUGACCUUCCCGCAAACACAUCAUCAGCAGUGACUGGCUAUAGUACCCUUCCAAUAAACACAUCAUCAGCAGUGACUGGCUAUAGUACCCUUCCAAUAAACACAUCAUCAGCAGUGACUGGCUAUAGUACCCUUCCCACAAACACAACAUCAGAUGUGACUGGCUAUAGUACCCUUCCCACAAACACAACAUCAGAUGUGACUGGCUAUAGUACCCUUCCCACAAACACAACAUCAGAUGUGACUGGCUAUAGUACCCUUCCCACAAACACAACAUCAGAUGUGACUGGCUAUAGAACCCUUCCAACAAACACAACAUCAGCAGUGACUGGCUAUAGUACCCUUCCCACAAACACAACAUCAGAUGUGACUGGCUAUAGAACCCUUCCAACAAACACACCAUCAGAUGUGACUGGCUAUAGUACCCUUCCCACAAACACAACAUCAGAUGUGACUGGCUAUAGUACCCUUCCCACAAACACAACAUCAGAUGUGACUGGCUAUAGUACCCUUCCCACAAACACAACAUCAGAUGUGACUGGCUAUAGUACCCUUCCCACAAACACAACAUCAGCAGUGACUGGCUAUAGUACCCUUCCCACAAACACAACAUCAGAUGUGACUGGCUAUAGAACCCUUCCAACAAACACACCAUCAGAUGUGACUGGCUAUAGUACCCUUCCCACAAACACAACAUCAGAUGUGACUGGCUAUAGUACCCUUCCCACAAACACAACAUCAGAUGUGACUGGCUAUAGUACCCUUCCCACAAACACAACAUCAGAUGUGACUGGCUAUAGUACCCUUCCCACAAACACAACAUCAGAUGUGACUGGCUAUAGUACCCUUCCCACAAACACAACAUCAGAUGUGACUGGCUAUAGUACCCUUCCCACAAACACAACAUCAGAUGUGACUGGCUAUAGUACUCUUCCCACAAACACAACAUCAGAUGUGACUGGCUAUAGUACCCUUCCCACAAACACAACAUCAGAUGUGACUGGCUAUAGUACCCUUCCCACAAACACAACAUCAGAUGUGACUGGCUAUAGUACCCUUCCCACAAACACAACAUCAGAUGUGACUGGCUAUAGUACCCUUCCCACAAACACAACAUCAGAUGUGACUGGCUAUAGUACCCUUCCCACAAACACAACAUCAGAUGUGACUGGCUAUAGAACCCUUCCAACAAACACAACAUCAGCAGUGACUGGCUAUAGUACCCUUCCCACAAACACAACAUCAGAUGUGACUGGCUAUAGUACCCUUCCCACAAACACAACAUCAGAUGUGACUGGCUAUAGAACCUUUCCAACAAACACAACAUCAGCAGUGACUGGCUAUAGUACCCUUCCCACAAACACAACAUCAGAUGUGACUGGCUAUAGAACUCUUCCAACAAACACACCAUCAGAUGUGACUGGCUAUAGUACCCUUUCCACAAACACAACAUCAGAUGUGACUGGCUAUAGUACCCUUCCCACAAACACAACAUCAGAUGUGACUGGCUAUAGUACCCUUCCCACAAACACAACAUCAGAUGUGACUGGCUAUAGUACCCUUCCCACAAACACAACAUCAGAUGUGACUGGCUAUAGUACCCUUCCCACAAACACAACAUUAGAUGUGACUGGCUAUAGUAUCCUUCCCACAAACACAACUUCAGAUGUGACUGGCUAUAGUACCCUUCCCACAAACACAACAUCAGAUGUGACUGGCUAUAGAACCCUUCCAACAAACACAACAUCAGCAGGGACUGGCUAUAGUACCCUUCCCACAAACACAACAUCAGAUGUGACUGGCUAUAGUACCCUUCCCACAAACAAAACAUCAGAUGUGACUGGCUAUAGUACCCUUCCCACAAACACAACAUCAGAUGUGACUGGCUAUAGAACCCUUCCAACAAACACAACAUCAGCAGUGACUGGCUAUAGUACCCUUCUAACAAACACAACAUCCGAAAGCAGCACAAUUGUUACAAUGGAUGACCAAAAUUACAACAAUACAGAUUACAAAUCUUUUACAACAAAUUAUAAAAUGUCUACUGUUGAACCUAAUGCAACAAGUGUAUCCCACAGCACUGUGGUAGAGUCAAUCACUAGCACCGUAGCGUCUGUGACACCUUCAGUAGCUUUUAAUACUACCAGUAAUACCACUACCAAUCUGAAGACAUCUGUGUUAUCUCAAACCAGCAGCCAUCUGUUUACUCAAACUACAGCUAAAGUCAUUAUCACUGAAACAAGUAACCUACCUGCUCUUACAUCUCCAGGAAAGGAAACCACAGUUGGUACUGCUGUGCUGCAUUAUAAAAUAAGAAGCUCUGUUCCUAUUGACACAAAUUUUAAACCUGCGAUGGAUGCACUUUUACAACAGACUUGUUCUUUCUUGCAUUUAAAACUUCACAUUCAAGAUGUGAAACUGACCUGGGGAGAACGUCGAUCUACAAUAAACUGUUCCUCUCUUCCACUGAUUUAAAGAAGAAAAAGUGUCUAAGUAUUUAUAACAAGAUUCAGAAUCAUAACUACCCCCCCUCAAAACAUCCAAUUUAUCCGCCUGUGCCUCUGCCUAUUUUUUUGUUAUCCCAUUUCUCUAAACAAAUCUAUUUGCUUAAGUUCUACUUUCAACAGAAUACAGGUAUGUAGGCACGAGGCAGCAAAAUGAGUGAGUUAGUUGCACUCUACGCGAUCAAAACAACAAAUUAUUUUCAAAAGAUUCAAAUAAAAUAAAAUGCUUGAAUCACUUUACUAAACAGACUGGCAUGAUCUGUAGAACAGGGCUCUUUCACAUACAUGAUAGUAAAAUAAGAAGUCUCCUUUUAAACCCAAUCAAAUUAGGUGAAUCAAAGAUGUAAAGUUAUUUAGGUUUAACAGCUUUAAUUGAAAGCCAACUAGGAAGCUGCGCUUAAAGGGACAUUAAACACUAAAUACAUGCUAGAUAGAAUGAUGCAUUCAAAGAAAAGAUUAGUCCAUGAGUAACAUGUAGAUGUAUUUUUUAAAGUUCAUUAGUUGACAAAAUAAGUGUAAAGUGGGAGCUGCCAUGUUGUAACUUGUGUUACCUUCUCUGCUGUGGCCAAUUAGGAUCAGUUAUACAUAGGUCACUAGAGUGUGCAGCCAAUGGUUGUGCUGGAUUUAACAGUGUUCUGCACUUACAUUUCUAACAGGAACUGAAAAGCUCACAAUUUCAGAAUGGAAUUACAGGCAAAGAGGACAAAAUAAAUAAUGAAAGUAUAUUGCAGAGUUGUUUUAUUAUAUACAAUUUAUCAUUUUAUAUUACCAUCUCAAAGUGUUUAAUGUCCCUUUAAUGUCUGGCAGCAGGUAGCUAAACUAUUAUAAUGUAUACACAGAUGAUUGGUUUCAUUUUGUAAGCCAUAUUCUUUUAAGCUAUGAUGGCUUUGCAUAUCUUACCCAGGAUCCUCUGGUGCUUUGGUAACAAUGUAUACAGAGUACUUCUGGGGAAACGCCUAGAUGUUGUAAUUGCCAAUAAUUGUAUGGGUUUAAGCUGUAUUGAGAUUCUUAUAAGCUAGAAUUUAUAGCGUAAUGGUUUGGUCACAUGACCUGCACAUUAAAUGUUGUUCAGUAGAUUAUAUUUUAAUAUACAAUGCGUGCAAUUAUAUUUACCCUAAAGUAAAUAUAGACAUUAGUAGGACAGAACUUUAUUAAUGAUGAAACACACACUAACAAAAAGGGUUAAAUCACUAUCCAGCAGAGAUGAUAGAUAUUCAUUUGUACUAAGGUAUUUCAGAGAUAUUUGUAGAUAUUUAGGGCCAAAUUACAAGUGGAGAGCAAAUUAAUGCUUGUUUAUUGCCCUAGAAGUAAGCUAUUUGCAUUUAUCGAGUUUGCUCGUAUUAUGAGUUAAUAGUAAACUGUUAACCUGACGAGAGCAAAAAGAUGAAAAGAAUAUCGCAUGCACUUUCACGUAUUCCCCUAUAAAAGUCAAUGGAGAAAUAAGUAGAAAAAAACCCCAAUUGCAUAUUCUCAUGGGCGCUAACCAAACAUGAAAAUAAGAAUAUUUCAGAUUCAAAUGUUCUUCACAUACAAGAAUCUGUUCUAUUUAUUCAUAAAUACACUUUUUUUUACAUAUAUCUGAUGGUAUUUUGGUACAAUAUAUCUAUAAUAUCUAUCAUCUAUCUAUCUAUCUAUCUAUCUAUCUAUCUAUCUAUCUACAUCUAUUUAUAUAUAGGUAUAGAUACACACACACACACACACACACACACAUAUAUAUAUAUAUAUAUAUAUAUAUAUAUAUAUAUAUAUAUAUAUAUAUAUAUAUAUAUAUAUAUAUAUAUAUAUAUGAAUAUCUAUUUUUUAAAUGCAUGUACAGAACAUUGGAAUGUGAAAUACUUAUAGUAAGAAGAAAGAGACAGAGAGAGAGAAAGAGAGAGAGAAAGAAAGAAAGAAAGAAAGAAAGAAAGAGAAUAGAGGAAAUGGAGCAAGAACUGGAUACCAGGGAAGAGGUUACAGAGAAAAAACUGAUAUAAAUUGUAGGUCCAGGCAACAUCAACCCAGAAGAUGAAUGACUCAGGGUUAUUGAAACAAAUAUAUGAGACAGAUACCCAGAACGUUUUUAAAAUAGAAUAAAAUUCCCUCUCACAUCCAUAGAUAUUUUAUGCAGCCUCCUAUUUGUAGCCAAUAGGUUAACUCAGAGAAAGAAAACCUUUGUCUAAUUUCUGUAUAAUUAACUUGCACUAGAUGGCGCUGUUGUAUUACUGAUCUUCCCUACACACAAAAUGCUGGGCUUCCUAAAUUUGUAUUAAACUGGUGUUUAUAUAAAAUCCACAGAACUCCAAAGACUCUGAAA